AUGGCAUCUAACGUUAUAGUCUUACUUUCCAAUGGUAAAAAGCAAGCAGUGAAAACAACCCCGAUGAUGACGUUGAGACAAAUAGUAAAUUUCGUUUGUGAAAAACAGGGAAUCUUAGAUGCCGAGAAAUGGGGUUUAAAACAGAAUAGAAAGAUUCUUGAUCUAGGUCUUUCAGUAAGAUUUGCAAACUUGGCACCUGGCGCUAAACUUGAAUUGAUCCGAGUUAAUGCACCGAAAGCUCAUAGUGAUGUUCAGAUUGCUCUACAAUUAGAUGAUGGGGGAAGAAUAAUUGGAAAAUUUCCAAUUACAAUUUCAUUAUGGGAUAUAUUAAUAUAUUUUGAAAAUAAAGAAGAUCAGAAAGAACCAUUAAAUCUUACAAAACGAAUAGCACCGGCACCACAAACUAAAAAGAAAAAUUUCUUUAAAAAAAUGAAUAAAGCUGAAGAAUUACUAUUUUAUCAGCAACCUGUGUGUUUAUUAUUAAAUCAGGAGUAUGGAACUAUUCCAAUGUUAAAAUCAACAACAUUACAAUCAGCUGGAAUCACUUCGGGAAAUGCAGUAUUAAGACUUUUAUUUAGACAUACUGAUUUAAGUAUUGAGGAUGCUUUGACUGAUACAGUUACACCACAACCAUCAUUCACCCAAGUACCAACAAAUGAAAAAAAUGAAAAAGUAAGUUAUGGAAUAAUUCAAUCUUCAAAUAUAGAAAAUAUAGAUCCAGUAAUUCAAUCUUCAGAUCAAGGACAUUUUGAUCGUGAUGUAAAAGUAUUUAAUCCUAUACCGGAAAACGUUCCAAUUUCAACCAACAUUGAAAUUCCUGAUUCCUUUUAUGAAUUGACACCCCUUGAAUUAAAAUAUUUAUUAUCAAUGCAAAAUUCUAAACGUGCAACUGAAGAGAAUUCGGGUUUUAAAACUAGUGCAAUAAGAGCUCAUGAAGAAAAGGAAAAGGAGGCCAAAUACCCAAAGACUUUGAUAAGAGUAAGGUUUCCUGAUAAAUUUCAAUUACAAGUAGCGUUCUUGACAAAAGAAAAAGUUGCCAAUUUAUAUGAAUUUGUCAGAGGAACAUUACGAUCACCCCAUCGAGCAUUUGAAUUAUAUAUCAGUCCACCCAAAAAGAUACUUUCAGAUCAAAGUCUUUCAUUUUUUCAAACUGGAUUAUCACCUGCUUCGAUAGUGUAUUUUAAUUGGUUAGAUAAAUCUGAUGAAAAUCAAAAUCCUUAUUUAACAGAAGAAUUCUUAAGUCUUGGAGAAGAUGUUCCUAUAACAACUAUAAAAAAUACUACAUCUAUUAUUCCAGAGAAUUCUACUGCUUCUGUUAGACAAAUGGACAGUUUUGCUAACAAAUUACAACGAGAUGAGCAAGAAGAGUUCAAAAGUGAAAAAGACACAGAAUUUUUGAAUUUUCAUGAUACAACAUUAACAGUAGAACAAACGGAUAUAGAUAAUUUCGAAGAAUUUGUAGACUUUACUAAUGAUUUAACAGAAAGUAGAGAAUCUAUGUCUGAGGAUGAUUUUGCAGAUUUCGAAUCUGCUCCAAGUUUUCAAGAGCGAACUAGUUCUAAGCCCAAUACACCAGAUAUUUCAGUAUCCAAUGAUUUAAAUAUAACAUGUUUGGAUCUUAAUUCAAUGGACAAUGAAACAUUACUUACGAACUUAAGCCAAGUACUUGAUAAUAUAUUUCCAUCAAAGGAAGAUUACAUUCAUGAAAAAGAAAAUUUACCAGUAUUCGAUAAUAAUAUUUUUAUCCCCGAAAGCUCGAGAAUAUGGCGAUAUAUAUCACAUGAUUCUAAUGAACAACUAUUUCAAUGGAAAAAGUCAAUAAUAAGAAAAGAGUAUUAUGCUUCAUUAGGAAUUACGAUCGAAAUUUUAGAAGAGGUUAAAACGAAAAGUAACAUAAAUAACAUAAGUUCACAAACAGCACAAAGUAUUAUCACCUCAACAAAAUCUUCACAUCCUAUCUCAGUACCUAUUAAAUCGACAUCAUAUUCAUCAGCUCCCGUCAGUCGUUCGUCAACUCCUGAUUCCUUUAAUGGAUCACCUCAUAAUAUUUCUAGUUCAUCUCAUGGUAAUUUAAUCAAGACCAAACCAACAACACGGAUAGAAACACAAUUAGAUGUUGAAUUAGCUAAAUCGUUAUGUUCAAUUAGUGAAGAAACAUUGCAGACAUUUACCAGUUAUCAACUUCUUGGUUUAAAGGCACAACUUCUUGCAAUGUCACGACAGACAUCAGAUGUACUUACAUAUUGGUUAGAUCAACGUGAACAAACUAUCAUGGAUUCCGAAACAUAUAAUAAAAUGAUUGGAUGCCUUGUAGGACACGCACAAAAAAUAAGAGAUGGAGGUAGUUUGGGAGGAAAUAAAUCCAAAUCUGAUCGGGAGAAUCGAAGUGAAAAAUCCAGAAGGAGUACAGUUGCUAGUGGUUUGGCGUCUUUGGGACUUUCUUUCAAAAAGCAUAAAUUUCAAACGGGUUCACCAAAGGUGUCACCCUCUGUCACAACUGAAGUUUCAAAAAAUAACGAAAGACCUCUUUCCAUGUAA